CAUAAAAAAAGGAAAAUUAUUCUUCUUUCAAGAGUUGCGUCAUCCACAUGGUUUUGUCUGAAUUGAAAUAAAUCGCAAUUAUUCUAUAAGUUGGUGAAAAUAUUAAGUUAACAAUGCUAACGGCUACGCGGGUGAUAAGCCGAAAGGCUUUGGAGUGCUCCGGCUUGAGUUCCGAAAUUUACACACAGAGAAAUUUCUCAACAAUUCUCAAAAGCACUGCAGCGCCCACAGUCCCUAUCUACCAACGACAUGGCGUACAGUACAGAAACAAGUCUGAAGGUGUGCGCGGUGCAGUCAUUGGUAUUGACUUGGGGACUACCAAUUCCUGUGUGGCGGUCAUGGAGGGAAAGACGCCUAGGGUAGUAGAAAACAGCGAAGGUUCCCGCACAACGCCUUCCCAUGUAGCCUUCACGAAGGACGGCGAGCGUCUAGUGGGCAUGCCCGCCAAGCGUCAAGCGGUGACCAACAGUGGGAACACAUUCUACGCGACCAAGCGUCUCCUAGGCCGUAGGUUCGACGACCCAGAGGUGCAGAAGGACAUGAAGAAUUUGUCCUACAAAGUCGUGAGGGCUUCUAAUGGAGAUGCCUGGGUGCAAGGCAGCGACGGCAAAAUGUACUCCCCGAGUCAAAUCGGUGCCUUCGUACUGAUGAAGAUGAAGGAGACAGCAGAAGCCUACCUCAACACCAGCGUCAAGAACGCAGUUGUCACCGUGCCCGCUUACUUCAAUGACUCACAGCGACAGGCCACCAAGGAUGCUGGUCAAAUCGCCGGACUGAAUGUUCUCCGAGUGAUAAACGAGCCAACCGCCGCUGCGCUUGCGUACGGCAUGGACAAGACUGAUGACAAGAUUAUCGCAGUCUACGACUUGGGCGGCGGUACCUUCGAUAUAUCCGUGCUUGAGAUCCAGAAGGGAGUGUUUGAGGUGAAGUCCACCAAUGGAGACACAUUGCUGGGUGGUGAAGACUUUGACAAUGUUAUUGUCAACUUCUUAGUGGAUGAGUUUAAGAGAGACCAAGGUCUAGACAUCCGGAAGGACGCGAUGGCCAUGCAACGUUUGAAGGAAGCAGCUGAGAAAGCCAAAAUUGAGCUGUCAGGGUCUCUACAGACUGAUAUUAACCUGCCCUACCUCACCAUGGACGCUUCUGGACCUAAGCACAUGAACCUCAAGAUGACCCGUUCCAAACUAGAAUCUCUAGUGGGCGACCUGAUCAAGCGAACAGUGGGUCCGUGUCAACGGGCGUUACAAGAUGCUGAGGUUUCACGCACAGAUGUGGGAGAGGUUUUACUUGUCGGUGGAAUGACCAGGAUGCCUAAGGUCCAGCAAACAGUCCAAGAGAUCUUCGGUCGUGCGCCCUCGCGCUCUGUCAACCCCGACGAGGCCGUGGCCGUGGGCGCCGCCGUGCAGGGCGGAGUCCUAGCCGGUGACGUCACAGACAUCCUGCUGCUCGAUGUCACUCCCCUAUCCCUGGGCAUUGAGACCCUCGGGGGAGUCUUCACCAAGCUCAUCACGAGGAAUACCACCAUACCUACCAAGAAGAGCCAGGUGUUUUCUACAGCCGCUGACGGUCAGACCCAAGUGGAGAUCAAGGUCCACCAGGGCGAGCGUGAGAUGGCUUCGGAUAACAAACUCCUGGGACAGUUCUCCCUCGUCGGUAUUCCACCAGCUCCACGCGGGGUGCCGCAGAUUGAGGUCACCUUCGACAUAGACGCCAACGGCAUCGUACACGUAUCUGCACGAGACAAGGGCACUGGCAAGGAGCAACAGAUCGUGAUCCAAUCAUCGGGCGGUCUUUCAAAGGACGAAAUUGAGAACAUGGUGAAAGCGGCGGAGCAAUUCGCAGCCGCAGACAAGGGACGCCGCGAAAGGGUGGAGGCCGCUAACCAGGCUGAGGGAGUUCUCCACGAUACUGAGACCAAGAUGGACGAGUACAAAGCGCAGUUACCCCAAGACGAGUGUGACAAGCUCCGCGGUGAGAUGGCCAAGCUCCGCGAACUUUUAGCCCAAAAAGAAACCGCUGACCCAGAGGCCAUCCGCUCCGCCACCGGCCAGCUGCAGCAGGCCAGCCUGAAACUGUUCGAGCAAGCUUACAAGAAGAUGGCGGCUGAACGUGAAGGCCAGUCUCAAUCUCAAUCGCAAACGCAGGGCGAACAGUUGGAGAAGAAAGAGAAAGAAGAGAAGAAGAACUAAACCCCUACCCCUGGCGACCCCUAGCCUAGGGGUCAACUGUACAUAUACUAACUUAGACCAAAUAAUUCACAAACACCGAUAAAAAAGGAUUUGAGUUAAACGUUCAAACGGCCGUAUUAAAUUUUAUUUAAAACCACUAACCAGGUAUUUUACGUUAAUGGUAUCGUGAAACCUUCAAGCAAGUUCCAACAACAACUGUACAGUAGACGACAGUUUCCUUCGCACUUUGUAUUCAGGUCUUUAUUUGAUUGGAGGCUACCACGUAGAAACUUAAGAGGUUAUGGGUUUGUAAAACCAUAGCUCUUUCAAUUUAAAGUAAAGUAUGCUUCUAUUUUAGGAAGCAGUCAAGUUAUAAGUUGUAAUUUAAAAAUAAAUAGUUCAAAAUACAUAA